AUGGCACCACUACAUACAUACCUCCUCGCCACUCUGCUCUCCCUCAUAUACCUAACCCGUCCAGCAUCCGCGACAGCAUUAACCUACAAGCUCGCCGCAAACGAAGAACACUGCGUCUUCAUCCAUAACGACAAAAAGGGCGUCAAAAUCGCUUUUUACUUCGCCGUUCAAGCCGGUGGUUCCUUCGAUGUAGACUACACGGUCAAAGCCCCCAACGAUGUAAUCGUCCUCGACGGCACCAAGGAGCGUCAAGGAGACUUUGUUUUCACCGCAAAUGAAUUGGGAGAAUACUCCUUCUGCUUCUCCAACGAUAUGUCGACUUUUGCCGAAAAGCUCGUGGAUUACGAGAUCGCUGUCGAACACGAACAACGUGCCGAACUCCCCACCCGUCCAGGAACAACCCCAGAGCAAACCACCAACCUCGAGGAAUCGAUCUUCAAGCUCUCCGGCCAACUCUCCACCAUCUCCCGAAACCAAAAAUACUUCCGUACCCGUGAAAACCGUAACUUCUCUACCGUCAAAUCUACCGACACCAGAAUAAUGAACUUCUCGCUCAUCGAGAGUCUUAUGAUGGUCACUAUGAGCUGUUUGCAGGUUUUCAUCGUUAGGUUCUUUUUCCAGGGUGCUAGAAAGGGAUACGUUUGA